CACGUUUGUAAAAGUAAUUUCGUUGGAUGCGUUUGCUCUUGCUCGUAUCGAACUUUUUGUAGAGACUACUGGGGUGAAUUGCUAUGGGUUUAAAAAUGCUUAAGAGGAUUCAGUUAAUUCUAGGAACCAUGUCUUUUGGUGCUCUAAUUAAGAAUGAGGAAGACCUUAUCAAUAUACUAGAAAGUUUUAUGACCUUUAAUUCGGCGGCUGAUUAUGUGCAAAUCGAUACUGCUCGACUUUAUGGAAAUGGAGAAACGGAAAAGGUUUUGGGAAGAGUUAUUGAGCGUUUAUAUUCUGAGGAUCGUUUAAAACAGAAAAUUUUGAUAGCUACGAAGGCCAAUCCUUUUACGCCCGACCGAUGCUUAAGCCACGUGGGAAUAAACCAACAGUUUUCUGAAUCUCUUGAGAGCCUGCGAAUGAAUAGAGUUGACCUGUUUUACCUUCACGCUCCCGAUCCACGUGUGCCUAUAGAGGAAACGCUCGAAACCGUUCAGUCUUUUUUUUCUUUGGGAAAGUUGAGACGAUUUGGUCUUUCGAAUUUCACGGCGUGGGAAACAGUUUAUAUAUACGAAUACAUGAAAGCGCGUGACUGGGUUCGGCCUACUGUUUACCAAGGGAUGUAUAACGCUAUUACCCGCAGUGUCGAAGAUGAACUUUUUCCAGCUUUACGGAAAUAUAAUAUGUCUUUUUAUGCUUAUAAUCCGCUCGCCGCUGGUAUGCUCGUUGGAAAAUAUUUAUCUGAACAUGAACUUGAUAAGGGGAAUCGCUUUAAUGGGGAUUCCUAUUGGGCAAAAAACUACCGACAACGAUUUAUGCAAAAAGAACACUUUUUGGCGGUACAAAUUAUUAAAGAAGCUUGCGAAAAGGAAAACGUUUCCAUGGUAGAAGCCUCCCUUCGUUGGCUGCUUCUCCACUCCUCUCUCGACCAGUCGUAUGAAGACGGCAUUGUCUUUGGUGGGAGCACCCCGGAUCAGUUCAUUUUUAAUAUUAGGACUUUAGCGACUAGCGAGCCUCUUCCUGAGAACAUUUUAAAGGCAUAUGAAUUGGGUUGGAAAGCUUGUAAGGAAGUCUGUCCUUCCUAUAGUCGAGGGCACAGCGGAAACAAAAAGACCAAUAACAUUAGUAGUAGUGUUUAGCAAGAACUAAAAAAAUAUAGUUAUAUUAAAUUUUUUAGCAUUUUAAUAUAAA